AUGGCUCUGCUGGCCCUGCUCGUCCUGCUGGCCCUGGCCCGGCCCGUGGGGGGCACGUGGGACACCUGCAGAGGGACCUGCGGGCUCCGGCCCUUGGCUUCCGACCACAGCUCUGCUGCUGGCACCUCCCGGUUCGUGGGUGGCACCGGGGUCCCCCCGGGGUCCUGGCCCGGCAUCGCCAGCGUCCAGGCCACCUGGGCGAACGGCACGUGGCACAUGUGCACCGGUGUCCUCCUCAGCUCCCAGUGGGUCCUCACGGUCGCACACUGCUUCGCCAGGGGCGGGGACAUCUCCACGUGGGAGGUGGUGUUGGGGGCCACAGACCUGAGCCAGCCGGGCCCCGAGGCUGCGGUGAGACACAUCCAGAGGCUCCUGGUACACCGGCACUACGUGCCUGCCACGGCGAGGAAUGACAUCGCCCUGCUGGAGCUGGAGCAGCCCGUGGAGUGCAGCGACUACAUCCAGCUGGGCUGCGUGCCCGACGCCUCGCUCAGGGUCUCGGAGCUGAAAUCCUGCUACAUCGCCGGCUGGAACUUUGCCAGAGGGGAGGGAACGGGAAUGGUUCUGCAGGAGUCCAAGGUCCACCUCAUGGACACGGAGCUCUGCAACAGCAGCCGCUGGUACUCGGGGGCCGUUCAUGCUGACAACCUGUGUGCUGGGUACCCGCAGGGUGGCAUCGACACCUGCCAGGGGGACAGUGGGAAUCCUCUCAUCUGCAAGGACAACAGAGCCGACUACUUCUGGCUUGUGGGAAUGAACAGCUGGGGAAAAGGCUGUGACAGAGCCAGGCACCCCGGGGUCUACACCUCCACUCAGCACUUCUACAACUGGAUCCUGCUCCAGACGGGCCUGAGCCCAGCUGACAUAUCCGGUCCAGCACCAGAGCUGAACUGCACCCCGACUCGUGAGCCAGAGGUCACCUCGACUUCUGCUGAGACCCCGAUACCGGAGCCGGAACCAGAGCCGGAACCAGAGCCAGAACCAGAGCCAGAGCCAGUGCCAGAGCCUGAACCAGAGCCAGAACCAGAGCCAGAGCCAGUGCCAGAGCCGGAACCAGUGCCAGUGCCAGAGCCAACACUAGAGUCAGAGCCGGAACCAGAACUGGAACCAGAGCCAGAGCUGGAACCAGAGUCAGAACCAGAGCUGGUGCCAGAGCCAACGCCAGUGCCAGUGCCAGAGCCAGUGCCAGAGCCAGUGCCAGAGCCAGAGCCAGUGCCAGAGCCAGAGCCAGUGCCAGAGCCAACACUAGAGUCAGAGCUGGAACCAGAACUGGAACCAGAGCCAGAGCUGGUGCCAGAGCCAGAGCCAGUGCCAGUGCCAGAGCCGACGCUAGUGCCAGUGCCAGAGCCAGAGCUGGAACCAGAGCCAGUGCCAGUGCCAGAGCCAACUCUAGUGCCAAUGCCAGAACCAGAGGAGGAACCACAGCCAGAGCCAGAGCCAGAGCCGGCCCCGGAGGCAGAGCCGGUACCAGAGCCAGAGCCGGCCCCGGAGGCAGAGCCGGCCCCGGAGGCAGAGCCGGUACCAGAGCCAGAGCCGGCCCCGGAGGCAGAGCCGGCCCCGGAGGCAGAGCCGGUACCAGAGCCAGAGCCGGCCCCGGAGGCAGAGCCGGCCCCGGAGGCCGAGGAGCCGGUGCCGACACGGGAAGCGGACCGGCUUCUGCUCAUCUCGGUGCCGUACCGGAGCCUGCUGAAGUUCUGUGACCUGCUCAGGAAUUUCCUGCGGUUCCUGAGGGAGCAGCUGGGCUGA